AUGGAUUCCGCUAGGGAGCCCCACGCCGCACCACCGGCCGUAACCCCGCAUACCCCAGCUACGGCCACAGCGACACACCCUGGCGGCCUAGAGAGCUCCAGGGGGUCCAAGGGGACCCAUCGGCCCAUGCUGACACCUGGACAGGCGCUGUUCCUCGCCCGGGAGCUGUACGGCAUCCGUACAGGUCCUGUCAGGGCCACGGUCCAGUGCAGCAGCAGCACGUUCGGCACACACCGUGUCGGCGAUGACGGCAGCGGCGGCGGCGGCGGCGGCGGCGGCGACGCCUCAUCACCAGCCGUCACCAUCGGCGGCGGUACCGCCAUCAUGUCUGGCACCACCGUCCUCGACGCUGUGUGUACGGAGCUUCCCAGCUACAACGACCGUAACUUCCACAUACGGACAUCCGGGAUGCAAUUGGCCCCCCAGCUGCCCAGCUACAGCCGAGGUCACGGGGGCCUUACCCGCGACGAAUCUCAACAAGAAGCGCUACGGUCGCUGCAGGAACGGUCCGCACAGCUUUCCAAACAGCUACAGCCUCCGCCGCCACAGCCGACGCAGCAGCAGCGGGCUCAGGAGGCUUCCGGCGUUCAUCGGAGCGACCAGGGGGCGAGCAUUAUGGUGUCGGGGGGAGAGGAGGAGGAGGCGGAAGAGGGGGAGGACAAGGAGGCAAAGGAGGAGGUGUCUGUGGUGCUCAAGGUCCAUAACACGCAGGACAACGACAGGACUUCCCAGCUGCAGGCCAUGGAUGAGGCGAUGUUGCGAGUGCUAGCAGCAGGUGAGGGAGCGGCAGUAGCUGAAGUAGGAGGCAGUAGCUGCAGCAACAACAACAGCUGGAACAGCAGCAGCUCAAGGGAUGAGGUGCCGUACCGAGUGCUGCCGGUUUCGGAGCAAGGGGAGCCCUUCUGUGCAGGCGUGUAUUUCCCGGGCCUAUUCCUCUCACCCACCCGGGGUAAUGCCUUCGCCGCCCAAUCCACGCCCGCAUCGCAGAGUCAGUUCUGUGUUGCUGGGCCUACCUGCCGUGCACCUGCCACCCCCUCCCGGAGCCGGAGGACCCCACAGAGGGCCGUGCGGGGGAGGCAGUCGGAUAUGACCCAUGGGUCGGUUGAUAUGCAACAGGACUCCGGCAGGAGCUGCGGCGGACGAUGCCACUGGCACGUCGUGCGCUGCUUGUCGUACGUACCGGGCAAGAUGCUGUCCAGUGUGCCGUACCUGACCCCGGCGCUGCUGCUGUCCCUGGGGCGCCUGAUGGGCCGGGUGACUUGCGGCCUGGCGGGAUGGCAGCCCCCCGCCCUGCAGCAGCGCUGUAGCCACGACUGGCACCCAGAGAACGGCGGGGCAGUGCUGCGGAGGCUCGUGCCGGGUAUACAGGCAUUCGACCAGGAGCAGAGAUCCCUGCUACUGCGGGUGGCGGAUGAGCUGCUGGCGGCCAGCACCAGGCUUAGCGACCCACGGGUCCUUCCUCGCCAGGUGUGCCACGCGGACGCCAACGACGACAACUGCGUGGUCAGCGAAGAUGGCCGGGAGGUUAUUGGCAUCAUCGACUUUGGCGAUAUGGCGAUCAUGCCCCGGGUGUGUGAGGUGGCGAUUGCGAUGCUGUAUGCCGUGCUGUUAGGCCUGAAGCGACCCAUGGGACCGCCGGCGCCAGCUGGCACGCCACACACGGCCUCCACUUUGGAGGAUGCAGGCCCUGGAGCUGCGGCCACGGUGGCGACCUGGGACCCGCAAGCGGCUGCGGGUCCCGGGGGGGAUAGGGAGGAACCCGGUGGAUGCACGCUGCGGCGGUUGCUGCGAGUCGCCGGGCUGGUGUUGUGCGGCUACCAGCGGCUGGUGCCCCUGCUGCCCGUGGAGCUUGAGGUGCUGCCACUGCUGCUGCGGGGUCGUCUGGCCCAGAGCCUGGCGCUGGGGGCCGUCUCUGUGGUGGCUGACCCGGGGAAUGCGCAGUACCUGCUGGCCACACAGAGGCCCGGCUGGCGAGUGAUUCGGUUACUGGCCCCGGGGUCGGUCAUGACGGACAAGGAGAUGCUGCAGCUCAUGCUGAUGGCGGGGUCGAUGCAGACGCAGUAG